ACCUAAGUUUGAUGGCUUCGAAAGCAUAGACAAUUCCAGUUGACCGAGAGCGAUCCGAAAAGAUCGCGGAUUGCCUGUAGAAUUCGGUGUGGAUUGAGAUGUCGGAUAUCGGCAGCGGCGACGAGGGGCUUUCUAGUCAGAAAUAUCAUGGUCAAGGCAUGGACGCGGGAGGGAACAAUUUUGACUCCGGCCAGCAGCCGCAGGAGCAGGAGUUGGCCACGAAGAUGCUCCAGAUCCAGUCCAAGCGGUUCUACCUCGACGUGAAGCAGAACCGCCGCGGCCGGUUCAUCAAGGUCGCGGAGAUCGGCGCAGACGGUCGGCGGAGUCAGAUCUUCCUGGCGAUGUCGACAGCGGCGGAGUUCCGCGACCACCUGUCCGGGUUCAGCGACUUCUACUCGUCGCUCGGACCCCCCAACCCGGACAACGUGCCCGACGACGGCAAGCUCAAGUCCGAGAUGAUGCUCAAGGACAACAGGCGCUACUACCUCGACCUGAAGGAGAACUCGCGCGGGCGCUUCCUGCGCGUGUCGCAGACCAUCACCCGCGGCGGGCCGCGCUCGCAGGUGGCGCUCCCCGCGCAGGGCAUGAUCGAGUUCAGAGACGCGCUCACCGACCUGCUCGACGACUUCGGCACCGACGACGGAGGCUUCAAGGGCGAGCUGCCCGAGGGGCGCCACCUGCGCGUCGACAACAAGAACUUCUACUUCGACAUCGGCCAGAACAACCGCGGGGUCUACAUGAAAGUCAGCGAGGUGAAGAGCAACUUCCGCACAGCGAUCACGGUGCCCGAGAAGUGCUGGGCGCGCUUCCGGGACAUACUAGCCGACUACACAGACAAGAUGGGCCGCGCGCAUCCCGACUCCAUGCAGGGCGGCGGCAGCGCCCGCGCCGGCGGCAGCGGCGCGCCGCAUCCCGACACGGAGUCGUUCGGCGGCCGGACCUGAUGCGGCGGC